UAUUUUGCCAUUUGUCCAGACGAACCGUACUACACUAUAAAUCCAUUGUUUGCGCUCCAUCGUUUUCAUCUGUGCUUGAAGCUUCGCUAGUGCGAUAUCCAACCAGUUUUCAUCCAAAUUUUCGUUGUAAUUUUUCGCUGUGGAGGUUUUUAAGGCGCUGCGCUGUCAUGGAGAUGAUAUCAAGUAGUAAAAACGGUAAUAGUAAUUUGUUGUCGAUAAUGCGCGACUGGCAAUCCGUGUGUGACGGUAACGGUAACUCCUUUAUGGACGCCGAGCCAUCGCAGUACUCUAUCUCUCUUUGUCCUGGGCCUCAGUGGUGGUCCGAUGUCCCCCAUGCCGCAAUACUAGCCAAACGCAACAGAGAGGGCAGCAGCGGCAUGGGCAAGCAAAUUCUAUCGGAGCUCUCUGUACUGGAAUCAAAACCAGUGCAUGAAUAUGAACUAUUGGAAGACGUCAAGAAGCAUAACAUUGUCAGGAUUACGUUCAAAAUGCAGAUCACGGCUGAAGUGGACAUUCAAUGGGACACCAUACUAUCCGGUGGUAAACUCUACAUACAGGCAACGGACGCACAAAGACCAGUUGGGUCAAAGGAAGGAUUUUUGGCAAUGCUGGAAUACGCAGAAGAAUAUUUAAACGUAUCACACAUUAUUGUUUGCUUUGCGAAGAACCAUCCUGAACGUAACGUGUUAGUCCGUGGUUUUAUGUUUUUGGGAUUUACAUUACAACCACCAGGUCUCAACAAGAUUGUACCACACGCUGCGAUUGACAACUCCAACCACUAUAUGGUUUAUGACGUCGAAACUUAGUUCAUAUGUCUCCUCAAGCUCUUAUAUAAUUCAGUUUCUCUCAUAAAUAUUAAUAUAAGAUAAUUUAAUAAUUCCAAGAAUUUAGUACUUAAAAAAAAAAAUUAGUCUCAUUGCCCGCUGCCAUCUUUUGCCCUCUUUGUUGAUCUUAAAAUUAAUAUAAUGGAAAAAACUUAAUCAUUUAAAUCAUUCAAUAUUUUAAAAGUUUAUUUACAUUAUACUUUUAUUUUAAUGUUUUUUUUUUCCUCGUUAUUUUCGUAGUUGAUUAUAUAAAUAUAAUUUUUUUUUUUUUUUAACAAGAUUGUGUAAAUUGAAUACAUUUUUUUUCCUAAUUUUUCUUAAUUUGUAUUUUUUAGAAUAAGCUUCUUAUGUUUAUGAAAAUAAAAAAUAAAACAAUUAUUAUUAUA